GAGGAUGGGGACUGGUUCUUCCUGGUCCUGGAGCUGGUUGCCGGGGGCGACCUCUUCGGUGUGCUCGCCGCGAGGGCGCCACCGCCGCCGCCAGGGAUGAUGGCGCCACCGCCGCCCGCGCCGCUGCUGGAGCGCGAGGCCUCCUUCGUGUUCCGGCAGCUCAGCGAGGGCCUGGGUUUUCUCCACCGGCAGGGCGUCAUCCACAGAGACCUCAAGCUCGAGAACGUGCUCGUGGCCUCCGAGAGGACCGUGCCGACCGAUCGGUGCCGCGUGGGCCUUGCUCCAGGUACUGCGAUGAGUCGGCGGGGGUACCAGAGCGCACGCUAGACAGCACUUGCGAA